CUUUUUUUACGGCGACACACAGAUUAUCAUGUUUUCCAAAGAUGCGUGAAAAAGAGUCCUUCCUGUGAUUCGUUUGCGAGACCGACAAAAACAUAUUAACCAAGCGAAGUGAUGGGCAGGGUACGUAGACAAGAGAGGGGGGGUGCACAAGCUGAACCACUCACAAAACUACUGUUACCGCCAGGUCCCCAACUGCGCCGCAAUGAUGUUGUCUAGCCUAUAACCCAUUUAUCGACCUACCCUUACUCAACUUUUGCUCGAUUUUUUCUUCGGUGUGAUAUUGCAGGUCGCCGGAUUCCGCAACUGACAAUAUCAAUUCAUUGCAUUGCAUGGUUGCUAUCUCGAAUCUGAUAGUUGUAUACUCCGGCACUCUUCCGUGCGACAGCCAAAGCUAAAAUCGAGAUCUUCGGCUACAGCGUUUUUCCGAGAUGCAACGCAUAAUGACAGAAAAGCCUGGUCUCAAUGAGACAUACAGAGGAAAGAAUCCUCUCGUAGACAUUGUCGCGGUCCAUGGUCUGAAUGGCCAUCCCUUCAAAACCUGGACUACCGGCACAAACCGAUUCUGGCUUGGCGACUCUGAUCUGCUCCCAGCCAACCUCACACAAUCCCGAAUUCUAACAUUUGGAUAUAAUGCGGAUGUUACGGCGCUGCUAGGCAAAACAUCAUCCGAUACUAUUUUGCAGCAUGCUCAAACACUCAUAGCCGAACUGGUGGCUGAUCGAGAGCUUGAAGAUGCAACAGAGCGUCCCAUCAUCUUCAUAUGCCAUUCUCUGGGAGGCAUCAUUGUGAAGCGGGCUCUUGUGUAUUCCGCAGGAAGGACAAGCAAGUUGGUUGCGCACCUUCACUCGGUCUUUGUAUCCACUUUCGCCGUCCUGUUUCUUGGAACACCACACAAUGGGAGCAACAAGGCAAAUCUCGCUUCGUUCAGCCGGCGUGUCAUAGAUGCUAUUACUCCAUCUAGAGUCUUGGACUCGAACGGGCAGCUACUUGACGCUUUGUCAGAGGGUUCUGAAAUCCUGCAAAAUAUCACGGACAUGUUCGUGCCACUCAUGAAGAAUUUUCGUGUGUUUUUCUUCUGGGAGCAAGAAAAGACAGACAUGGGAGCUAGUUUGGAUUAUAUCGUCGAAGAAAGCUCCGCAGCCCCGAUUCUCGAUAAUACCGAACGAGCGGGACUCCCUUAUGACCAUAGGGACAUGGUGAAGUUUGAAAAUAGAUCGUCUCCUGGAUACAGAUUGGUUGCAGCAGCAUUGAUUCGAUAUUCGAAGGAAGCCCCAAGCCUGAUUGCGUCCAGGUGGGAACAAGCUUCCGAAAUGCUGAAAACAAAGCGCCAGAACGAGGCUGCAGAAUUGGUGAAUUAG